GGGAAGCCUUCUCGCGGCACGGUCGCGCCGUGGUGGGAGGUGAGCAAAGAGGCAACAGAGCUGCUGCAGCAGUAUGGCAUCGAGCAUGACCAUAGCGUGAACCACCACGACUGCCAGGCUUAAUAUCUCCGGACGGGUGACAACUGGACGAAGAUCGACUAUGGCAAAGGCGGCGGAAUGGAUGAAAUCGUUCAAACAGGGCCAAGAGACAGGUUUUGUCGAAAUAUAGCCAAUUGGUACCUCGACGAGCUACCGCCCAUGAUGUUCAUGAAGGAAGUGCCCAAUAGUCAUGGAUGGGUCAAUCCUCAAGACGUGGAAGACCUGUGCCAGUGGUGGGAAUAUUUUGAAUACUUUUACCGAGAGUAUGACGAGUUCAUCUUUCCGACGACCAUCCAUCUAGACGUGUCGGGUCGUCCGCAUGUGUUGCUAAUGCAUGAGAGACUGAGCGAGCAUAUCAACAAGCAUGAGCGGCCCGAGUGGGUGACCAUGGCCGAAGUGGUCGAUGACUUCAAGAGCAAGAAUAAACCCGCUCAGGGCGCCAUGAUGCCAGCAUCACUAGGGGAG